GAAAUCCUCUCCAUUGUCUUCCCUCUCUCCAGGACCCCUCCCCCCAGAAAAUAAAAUUAAAAACCCUAGAUACAUCGAAUCCCAAAAAAUAAAAAAACUGAAGGAAAAAAACCCUAAAACUGUAUCAAAAAAUCGAACUUUUGAUGGCACAACAAAAUCAAGAAGAAGAAGAAGAGUUAGUGGCUGUAGUAGAAUCUGUACCUGAAACCCUAGAUCAAUCUCCUUCUUCGUCUGAUCCUUCGCUUUCUCGUAAUGUUUCCUUUAGUAAACUCAACGCACAAGCUCCCGCCUUUGUCCCCACGCGCCCCCAACCUCAACCUCCUCCGCGAUUGUCCGUGAUCCCUCCCCCUCCCCCUCCUCCCGCGGGCAUGAUGCAUAUGUUCCCUCCGUCUCCGUUUCACGUUCCGAUUCAUGGCCCUGUUCCCUUGCCUCACGUCAUCCCCGUUCCGAACCACCACCACCACAACAACCACCACCACCACCAUAAUCAUCCCAAUCAGCAUCAACAGCAGUAUGUUCCGGUUCGAAAGCAUAAUCAGCUGCAUAAUUCUAAAAGGGUGCCGCAGCAAUUUGAGGAAGAGGUUGAAGUGGUUGUGAAUAAGGAUGCAGCAGCUUCUUCGGAUCAUGCGGCUAAGAGUGAUGAAGCUAUGAAUAAGCUGUUGAAUCAGGUGGAGUAUUAUUUCAGUGAUUUGAACUUGGCCACUACUGAUCAUCUUAUGAGGUUUAUCACCAAGGAUCCUGAAGGAUAUGUGCCAAUAUCUGUUGUUGCUUCCUUUAAGAAGGUUAAAGCUGUCGUAAACAAUAAUUCUCAGCUUGCUACCAUUCUGCGGAACUCAACAAAGCUUGUAGUUAGUGAAGAUGGAAAGAAAGUAAGACGCCAGCAUCCCUUAACUGAGUCAGAUGUUGAGGAGUUGCAAUCUCGUAUAGUUGUUGCUGAAAAUUUACCCGAGGAUCAUUGCCACCAAAACCUCAUGAAGAUCUUUUCUGCUGUUGGGAGUGUGAAGACUAUUCGCACCUGUCCACCUCAACCUUCUGGUGGAGCUUCUUCAGCAUCUAGAUCUGGAAAAGCUGAUGGGAUGCAUUUCAGUAACAAGUUGCAUGCAUUUGUGGAAUAUGAGACUGUCGAGAUUGCUGAGAAAGCAGUUGCUGAGCUAAAUGAUGAGGGAAACUGGAGGAGUGGUCUUAAGGUUCGGUUAAUGCUCAAGCGUGGGGCACAAGGAAAGAAGGGGCAUGAUGGUCAAGGGCAUUCUGAGGAAGAUGAGGUUUCUGCUUUUGAGCAAAUGCCGAAUGAAAAGCUGACAGAAGAUCAAGCCCAGCAGCCUGAUGUCCAUUCACAUGAGCAUUCUCUCUUGAUUGACUGAGAUCCGUUUACUUGGGAAGGGAGAGGAUCAUGCCAAUGACAAGGAAGGUGCACAGCGAAAGCGGAACCGGGGGCGGGGCAAGGGCCGUGGGCGAGGUCAAUACCAUCACAAUAACCACCACAGUAACCACGGGGGAACUCCCCCUUCAAAUCCAGUUCUUGGUGAGCAUCUGACAAUGGCUAAGCAACCACCUGGGCCCCGAAUGCCCGAUGGCACGAGAGGAUUUGCAAUGGGUCGAGGGAAACUAGUUGCUGUGAAUAUCGCAUGACUUCGGUAUCUCUACAGUGUUCAGUUUUGGUUAUAAUAGAUGUGCAUGUAAGUUUAUGUUGGGGUGGGGAAGUACGUCUUAUAUAUAUAUAUGUUGUCGAUGGCAGGGGUUUUAGAAAGUGCUGUCAAUCUGCUGUAGUUUUGGCUGAUAUGGAUCUGCUACUUUUAUGUUGGUAUCUUGCAUUUGGUCAUGGAUGCUCUAUAAACAGUUUUCUUCUUCUUCCGUAAAA